AUGAACCCGUAUAAACACACUGAAGACUGUAUUGGACAGUGUUUAGAAGGUCACCCAAAACUUUUGGAAGCAAUACGUAUCACAAGGUCAUUAGGCGGGGACAGUAAAGAACCAAGCCCUUGGUCAGUCAACUGUGUGGUAUAUGUUUCAGACUUUCGUGUCAACUGGAGCAACAACCUUGUCAGUACCACGUUUUCACCAGCAACUCAAUCAAAAAUCUAA